CGGGGCGCUGUGGCAGGGGCCGCGGCGGGGCCGGCGCCGCCAUGGGGGAGCUGUUCCGCAGCGAGGAGAUGACCCUGGCCCAGCUUUUCCUGCAGUCCGAGGCCGCCUACUGCUGUGUCAGCGAGCUGGGCGAGCUGGGCAAGGUCCAGUUCCGCGAUCUGAACCCGGACGUGAACGUGUUCCAGCGCAAGUUCGUCAAUGAAGUCCGGAGGUGUGAGGAGAUGGACCGAAAGCUCCGGUUUGUUGAGAAGGAGAUUAAAAAAGCAAAUAUUCCUAUCAUGGACACUGGUGAAAACCCAGAGGUGCCGUUUCCACGUGACAUGAUCGACUUGGAGGCAAACUUUGAGAAAAUUGAAAAUGAGCUUAAAGAAAUCAACACGAACCAGGAAGCGCUGAAGAGAAACUUCUUGGAGCUGACAGAGUUAAAGUUCAUCCUGCGUAAAACUCAGCAGUUCUUUGAUGAGGCUGAAUUGCAUCAUCAGCAGAUGGCGGAUCCAGACCUGUUGGAGGAAUCCUCGUCGCUCCUGGAGCCAAGCGAGAUGGGAAGAGGUGCCCCGCUACGACUUGGGUUUGUGGCCGGUGUGAUCAACCGGGAGCGGAUCCCCACGUUCGAGCGCAUGCUGUGGCGAGUGUGCCGAGGGAACGUGUUCCUGCGCCAGGCAGACAUUGAAAACCCCCUGGAGGAUCCUGUGACGGGGGAUUAUGUGCACAAGUCUGUGUUUAUCAUCUUCUUCCAAGGCGACCAGCUGAAGAACAGAGUCAAGAAGAUAUGUGAAGGAUUCCGUGCCUCCCUCUACCCAUGCCCUGAAACACCCCAGGAACGGAAGGAAAUGGCUUCUGGUGUCAAUACCAGAAUUGAUGAUCUUCAGAUGGUGCUGAACCAAACCGAGGAUCAUCGGCAGCGGGUCCUGCAGGCAGCUGCCAAAAACCUCCGCGUGUGGUUCAUCAAGGUGCGCAAGAUGAAGGCCAUCUACCACACCCUGAACCUCUGCAACAUCGACGUCACGCAGAAGUGCCUCAUUGCUGAAGUCUGGUGCCCUGUGGCUGACCUGGAUUCCAUCCAGUUUGCUCUCCGGAGAGGCACUGAGCACAGUGGAUCCACUGUCCCAUCCAUUCUAAACAGGAUGCAAACCAAUCAGACCCCACCAACAUACAACAAAACUAACAAGUUUACUUGUGGCUUUCAAAACAUUGUUGAUGCUUACGGCAUUGGGACGUAUCGGGAAAUAAAUCCAGCACCCUAUACGAUCAUUACCUUCCCCUUUCUGUUCGCUGUGAUGUUUGGAGAUUUUGGCCAUGGAAUCCUGAUGACUCUGAUUGCUGUUUGGAUGGUGCUUAGGGAAAGUCGGAUUCUCUCACAGAAGAGUGACAAUGAGAUGUUCAACAUGGUUUUUAGUGGCCGGUACAUCAUCCUGCUGAUGGGGCUGUUCUCCACCUACACCGGCCUCAUCUACAACGACUGUUUCUCCAAGUCCCUGAAUUUCUUUGGCUCCUCCUGGAGCGUCCGGCCCAUGUUCAUGAAAGGCAACUGGUCAGAUGCCUUGCUAGAGACCACUCCUCUGCUGCAGCUGAACCCUGCCAUUCCCGGGGUGUUCGGUGGCCCCUACCCCUUCGGCAUUGACCCGAUUUGGAAUAUUGCCAGCAAUAAGCUGGCCUUCCUCAACUCCUUUAAGAUGAAAAUGUCUGUGAUUCUUGGCAUUAUCCACAUGCUCUUUGGCGUCACACUGAGUCUUCUCAACCACAUCUAUUUUAAGAAGCCACUGAACAUAUACCUGGGAUUUAUCCCAGAGAUGAUUUUCAUGUCGUCACUCUUUGGAUACCUCGUUAUUCUCAUUUUCUACAAAUGGACAGCCUACGAUGCUCACACCUCCAAGGAUGCACCAAGCCUUCUAAUACACUUUAUCAACAUGUUUCUCUUCUCCUAUAGUGACACCAGUAAUAAGAUGCUUUAUAAGGGGCAGCAAGGCCUCCAGUGUUUCCUCGUGGUGGUGGCGUUGCUGUGUGUGCCCUGGAUGCUGGUAGCUAAACCCCUGGUCCUUCGCCAUCAGUAUUUAAGGAGAAAGCACUUGGAAGGGCAGCCCGUGGAGGCCCAGGUCAGCCCAGUCCCGAACGAGCAGGCACUAGAGGCAGCAGCGGCUGCAACAGGAACACACAACUUCGGUGGGAUCCGGGUGGGCAACGGCCCGACUGAGGAGGAUGCUGAGAUCAUUCAACAUGACCAGUUAUCUACCCAUUCCGAGGAGGGGGAGGAGCCUGCAGAGGAUGAGGUGUUUGACUUUGGGGACACCGUGGUGUACCAGGCCAUCCACACCAUCGAGUACUGCCUGGGGUGCAUUUCAAACACUGCAUCCUACCUGAGGCUCUGGGCUCUCAGCUUAGCCCAUGCACAGCUCUCGGAGGUGCUCUGGACCAUGGUGAUCCACAUUGGCCUCAGCGUGAGGAGCCUGGGGGGAGGCUUGGGCCUCUUCUUCAUCUUCGCUGCUUUCGCUACGCUGACGGUGGCCAUUCUGCUGGUCAUGGAGGGGCUGUCUGCUUUCCUCCAUGCUCUUCGCUUGCACUGGAUUGAGUUCCAGAACAAGUUCUACACCGGCACUGGAUUCAAGUUCCUCCCUUUCUCCUUCGAUACCAUCCGCGAGGGGAGGUUUGACGAUUGAGUGUCCCCCCUUCAGCAGUGCUCCUCGUGGCCAGCCCUGUCCCGUGUGUCCCAGUUGCAUGUAACCCUCCCAUAGUGAACGUAACUUAUUGCAGCACCCCAGAGCUUUGUCUCCGGGGUAGUGAGUGACACUGGAUCAAACUCUUAUCCCUUAAGUUU